AUGUCAGACUUUGAAGAUCGGCUUAGGUCUCUCUGUGAACCUGAAUCGCCAGCUCGAGCAUUCCCUGGGCUUGUCCUUCUCGCCAACGAUAAGACCGGGAACAGAGUAUAUGAGCAGGCUGUUGGGAAAACAUCGGUAGACGCAUCCAAGGCCAGGCCCCUCACCCCGGAUUCGGUCUAUUGGGUCGCCAGCUGCACCAAACUGGUCGCUGCCAUUUGCGCUCUCCAAGUUGUGGAGCAAGGGCUCAUUUCACUGGACGAUGAUGUUGGUAAGGUGUGCCCUGAACUGGCACACCCUGAUAUCCUGCUCGGUUUCGGCGAGGAUGAUAAACCCAUACUUCAAAAAUCUACUCGGCCAAUUCUUUUCAAGCAACUGUUAACUCACACAUCUGGCUUGGCCAACCACUUCAUCCACCCGGACAUUGCGAAGUGGUGGGAGAUCAGUGGGAAGAAUGUGGAGGACUACCAUGGAAAUAUUCUUGAGCUGUACAACACGCCUCUCGUCGCCGAGCCUGGCACUCAAUGGAACUACUCUCCCGGGCUUGACUGGGCGGGUGUGGUUGUUGCGCGCUUAACAAAAGAGACAGGCCUUGGUGCAUACGCAGAAAAGCAUAUCUGGAAGCCCCUGGGCAUCAAAAACGCCGCUUUCCGCCAGCGGGAUUUGCGCCUGAGUCCAAACGAACUAGAAGCGAGAUGGGUGUGGAUGACACGACGGGAUCAGGGAAAACUCGUCCCUGGUGAGCCCUUAUACCCGUUGAACCCUCAAGACGAGUGGGGGGGGGGAGCGUUGUAUAUUACUCCUGCGGAAUACAUGAAAGUCCUGACCUCUUUGCUGUGUAACGACGGAAGACUGCUUCGACCAUCUACAGUCGACAAACAUGUGUUCGAGCCAGAAUUGGUCGAGAGAAAAGUUGGUACGGACGCCCACAAGAGCCUGCUGAAGGUGCUUGCGACGCAUCGAGCGAGGCGAAUGUUCUCAGGUGGCCUCCCAGCGCCUGAUCCAGACCAUCCUAACGGCAAUGGUGGUACUAUCGAGUAUCAAUAUAGCCUCUUAGGCCUGCUCACCAGAAAGCAAGGGGAGAAGCAAUGGACCUUGUCGUGGAGCGGCUUGCCGAACUUAUUCUGGUGGGUGAACCCUGGUGAAGAGAUAUGUGGUAUGUACGCAAGUCAACUACUUCCACCAGGCGACCCGCAAAGUCUCGACUUGGCGUCUUUGUGGAGAACAACGAUGGAAGAGAGGUUUGGAAAAGUUUCUAUUGCUAGAACUUGA